CUUUUCUUGGAAAAAUGUGUGCAUUGCGUUCUCAUAAAGCCAGUUGAAUAUCUAUUGUUAUAACACAGUUUUGCAUUGUGAAUAAAAGAUAUUGUCGACAUUGAAGUUUUUUUUGACCGGCACGAAGUUCUGAGCUGGUGUCUAUAAACUUGUGGAGAAAAGAUUUUUGCUCAACAUGUGGAAGUGUUCUAGAACAUUUUUUUUGCCGUGACAGAAAUGAAGCAACUGACAUAUGAGAAUUGUCUUCUGGUACUGUUGGUAAUAAUACAUUUUUAUGAGAUUUUUGCACAAUAUCGGUUUCCAGUACAUAAAGUAAGUUCAUGCCCUGAAACGAAGACAUCAUGGAACAAAGCUGGGUUAAGGUUAAAUUGUUCCACAGACCGUCACAGUAGACUCCAGUACCAGUGCAUUCCAACACAGGACAUUUCAGCCCUCGUUGAGUUUUGCUAUGAUCUUGACAUGGGCUUUUAUGAAAAAGGAAAAUGCUUACACCUUUCAAGUUCUGGAUUCUUACACCAAAGAAGCUGUGAGACGUUCACAGAUGGUUGUCCUCCGCAGCCGUACUUUAGUAGCGACAUGUUUCAAUCACGGUAUUAACAGACUCAUCAACUACUCUUUGGACUUAUCCUGGUGUUUAUAAAGGAAACACAACCACUACCUUUGAAAAGAAGAACUGCACAUGCAGAAAUUAUUUCCAUACAGACAAUCCUUCGCAGAUGAAAAUAAUAAUUAUAUUAUCAGCCAUGCUAUCUACUAUGAUGUUGAUGAACAUUUUAAUUGUGUUUGUUUUUUGUAUCAAAAAGAGAAAAAUCUUUGAACGAUGCAAAAGAUACAAGCCAAUUCCAAAUAAAAACAUUGAGAUUGGAUUGGAUCCGAAAAUCGAGUAUUUUACAAAGGUCUACCAGUUUAGAAAUAACUUAAGGCUCAAAUGUGGUAAUGAAAGUGAGAAAGUUAUCUGGAAGAAGAACGACGAAGAGAUCAAUGUAGAGGGUCAUGUUAACAAAUACAAAACAGAUAAACAUGGAAAUUUAUUCAUUUUUGAUGUUAAAAUGGAAGACAAAGGAAGGUACCAAUGCUUCGCACCUGAAGGUCAUGCAGAUACAUAUGCUGUCAAUAUAGAAAUCCAAACGCUGAAACUAAAUGGCCCAAUGGAUAUUUUGCAAGAUGAAGAUUUGUCUCGGAAUGCAGAGAAAUAUGUGUGCAUCAUUUGGAAUGGCGAUAAAGAUAGAGAUGUAAAUAGUAUUGUUGAAAUUACUGAAAUAUCACGGCCAUCUAUGUAUCCUGGGGACGCUUCUGGACUUCAAGGAUUGUUCCCGGAGUCUAACAAACAGGCAGAAUUGAAAUUCCUUUUUCAUUGUUGUGUUUUAUUAAGUAAAAAUUUUACCUUAAAAUGGGGAGAAAUUAAUGAAAAUCAUUUAGAUAGAAUUAACCAAUUGUUACAAUCUACCCUUCGCUUAAAUAUCAACGAUUAUCGAGAAUCAGCAGUGAAGCAAGAAACUCUUAUUUCAUCGGAAGGAAGCAUUACAUUCGCUUCUGAGGAGGCAAAAAUUCAGACGUUUUGGACACUGUUGCAAAGGUGUCACGUUCCGAAACGCUUGAUAGAUUAUGUUUUUGAUAACAAACUUGCCAACCUUAUUAUUAGAUUUCUUCGACUUGAUGGACACAAAUGUUCAGAUAGUGAAACCUGCAUAGUUUUAUCGUCUUUACAUGUUGAAAAAUACUUAGAAUUCCUCAUUAGUAAAUACUUCACCGGAAAAGAUGAAUCAGAUAUGGAAGAAAAUUCUGUCCUCAAAAAGAUAAUAAUUGAUGGUAAGUAAGUUUCUUUCAAGGUUUUUAAGGAAAAUAUGUGAUACCACCAUUUAUUUUAUACGUUAACUUUUCUAUGCGCUUAAAUGUACAAAACUUAAAUGAUCAACGUUCAAUUUUUUACCUAAAAUAUUAUAAAGAUAUUUAUAUAUAUUUGACCUUCUUUAGAAAUCACCUUGUUAUUAUCAGAAAAACAAUGUUGAUCUAAAAAUCUUUAUGAAAGAAAUUGUCAUGAAGUGUUAUGCAACCUGUCUAAUGUACAAUGACAUGAACAAUAAGGGUACAUGUAAAAGGACGUUUCAUUUUGAAAAAUAAUGUUACAUGUAUAUAAUGUAAAAAUUGCAAAACUUUAAUUUCUAUGUCUAAGAUGGCG